CAACGCCCGGUAACCGUGGAGACGCGGAGUUAGGCCCUGCCGCCGCCGCCGCCGCCUUUUCCCAGUUUUCCUCCUUUUCCCCUCUCCCUUCCCCCUUUCCCGCCUUGGCGCCUCCAUCCAACGUGGCAGCCGGCAGUCCCCCAGUGGGGAAAGGACGAGCCUGGCGAUGAGGGACGGGCCGACACCGGUUGCGGCCCCCGGGAGGAUUCAGGAUCCGCGCUUCCCCUCGAUGCGUUGGCAAGGAUUUUUAAUGGGCCUGCUGCUGUUUAGGAUGAAUCCUUGGGCUUUUACUAGGGAACGUGAAGGACAAAAGUUCAAGUUUUGCGGUUGCUAACCCGAUGGAAAAACACUCCUCUUUCACGAUUAGAAGAAUAUUCAGGAUCUGAAGAAUGACUGAUAAUUUAGACCAGUUUAUUAAAGAUCACAGGGCCAAGUUGGACAAAGAUAAAAUGGAAUUGGAGAAUGAUCCCCCUUAUAUGGAAAUGAAGAACAAAGGUACAGAAAUGCAUACUGAGCAUGGCAAAACAUUAAUCUCCAUGGCUAAAGAAAAUAUACCACCAUGCAGCCAACAGACCAUUGACCCCAACUUUAGAUUGACUUUGCCACUUGGAGAAGAUUCUGAAGAGAAAAUGCGUACAUUACGGGAAGAACUUAAGCAAGAUUACCGACAGUAUCUUUCUCAGGGCAUUACGGCAAAAAGAAAGAAAAAUGUCUUAUCUACGGGUGAAAUAGAUCCAUCUACCCUAGGAGUAUCUCUUCCUAUUCGUGAGAGGUUGUCUGCCAAGGAGAGAUUGAGGCUUGAAAGAAAUAAGGAGUACAAUCAGUUUCUCAGGAGUAAAGCAGAUUGUCGUGAAAACUUCAUUCAGUUGGACAAGAAAAGCACAGAGAUGUUAUGCAGUAAUCCGGGGACUCCUAGAAGAGGCGACAACAUUCCUUUCUCGGGGCCCCGAAAAGAGUGGCCACAUCAGCGGCGAAUGGAGGAGGAUAGGAUUAAUGACAAUUGUAAGUGUGAUAGAAGAUAUUUUAGACCAGAUUACGGUCCUGAAGCAAGAAAAGCAAUGGAGCAUACUGGGUUUAGUAAUGACAGUGAGUAUGACAGACGACCUUUGAGGGUAAACAAUUGGAAUGACAGAAUGAAAUCAAACAGAUGUGAGAGAGUAUCACCUGAGCAAUAUGAAGAUGACUUUCGAGAACAAUCAGAAGCACCAGUCAUGUCAGUUGGAAAGAGGUAUCUGAAUUUGACUGGAAAGAAUGCAGUUUAG